AUGGAGCCCGACCUAUCUAGAAGCAUUACCCACCACCCUUCCCCCUUCCACCUCCACCAGCAUUCUUCUCACGCCUCCCACAACUCUCGACACAAUAACAGUCACAACAUCUCCAUGUCCGCCAUACGGUCGAUCCAUUCCGACGACAAUGCGGCUGCCAGUAGUACCGCCCUUGACGCUGAGGAGGUGAAGGGCCACGAUGGCCUGGACAACACCACCCACGCCCGCCACAUGCCCUCCCCGCAGGAGCCCGACGUCGAGAGCCAGAAGACCGAUGGCAAGCUUCCCCGUGUUUCUGUCGAGAGCGAUCCUUUCGGGCUUUCAAAAGGAUACAAGACUGAGGAGGAACUGGAGCGGAUCAAGGCCAACAUGUCCAGGAAACGUGAUGGCCGGCCAGCCUCUUCGCAACGGCAGCAGCAGCAGCAGCAGGACAGCGAUGGUACCGUUGCAAACUUUGGGCAGAAAAAGGUCCAGUUCCACAGGGUGCAAGGCUUCUACAACCGCCAGAACGAAACGAUCGAGCGGCUCUUGAAGCCCGUCGAGGAACAUGUCGCCGACGCCAAGCAGGAGGAAGGUGAGGACCACCUCAAGUACAAGAUCGCGGUGUGGGGCUCCUUCGCCGCCAACAUAAUCCUCUGUGGCCUCCAGCUCUACGGCGCCAUCACGUCCAGCUCUCUCUCCCUCUUUACCACCAUGGCCGAUGCCAUCUUCGACCCCAUGUCCAAUGUUACCCUCAUCGUGUCCAACCGCGCUGUCAGGCGUGUCGACCCUUCGCGGUUCCCCUCUGGCAAGGCCCGCCUCGAGACCAUUGGCAAUAUCGUCUUUUGUUUCCUCAUGACCUCGGUGUCUCUUAUACUGAUCGCCUUCUCCUGCAAGGAGCUCGUGAGCCGCGAGGGCGAGGGCGGCACCAACACAUUCCACCUCCCCUCGGUCAUCGCCGUCUGUGUCGCCUUCUGCACCAAGCUUGCGCUGUUCCUCUACACCUGGAUGCUUAAGGACAAGUACUCGCAGGUCUUCAUCCUCUGGCAGGAUCACCGCAAUGAUCUUCUCAUCAACGGUUUUGGUAUUCUGACCUCCGUUGGCGGUGCUAAGCUCGCGUGGUGGAUCGACCCCAUGGGGUCCAUCCUCAUCUCACUCAUCGUGUCUACGAUCUGGCUGCGGACAGCCUUCACGGAAUUUCUUCUCCUGGUUGGCGUUGUCGCCUCCGUCGAGACCCAGCAGCUCAUCACGUACGUGUGUUGCACUCAUAGUCCUGCCAUCAAGCAGAUCGACACCGUACGUGUAUACCACUCGGGCCCGAGGCUGAUCGCCGAGGUGGACGUGGUCAUGGACCCGGACGACACGCUGAGGGACACGCACGAUGUCGCCGAGGACCUGCAGUUCAAGUUGGAGAGCCUGCCGGAUAUCGAGAGAGCCUACGUCCAUGUGGACUAUGAGACGACGCACAAGCCGGAGCAUGCUUGGAAGAAGGAUCUAUGAGACGUGGAGUAUGCAUAUUCACCACAGAAUCUUCCAUAGUCAGGUUAAGUUCAGUACACGCACUACAUCCAGAACAUGGCGAUAGAAUACAUGAGUACAUAU